CGUGCGCGCGCACUGGUGCGGGCCGGGCCGGGCCGGGCCAUGGGGGCCGAGCAGGAGACGGGGGCCUGCGCCGCCCUGUCGGGGCCGCCCGCCGCGCCGCGCCUGCUGCAGCUGCUCCGCCGCUCGGCCGGAGUCUCUGUGAAAAGGUGUAAAGAUAAAAGUCUGGAAGAGGCUCUCGUGCUGUCCAGGGAGGUGAGCAGAGAGUUAUGGGAACUGGACGAUGCCGACGUGCUUCCUUUAAUCCACUGCGUCCUUGCUCUCCAAAUGGAAGCGACCUGCAGUUCCAGUUCUUUCCAUAAGCUUGAACAGAUCAUUAUGAAGUUGUCUGAAGGUAAAGAAUCCCUGGUUUCUGAAGAAGUGAGCAAAUUAAUGAGGAGUCUGGUCAAGUGCAAACAAGUGCUGUGUCCUGAAGACCUCCAGACAGUGUGCAUGUUCAUAGAAGAAAGUCACCUGGGACGAUGCUACUGGAGACACCACCUGUGCCUUUUGCUGCAGCUUGUAGCUGCCACGUUUAAUUCAGUGCUGCAGAACCCUACAGCAAGGAAUGGGGAAUGGGGCUACAUCACAGUCAAGACAUGCCUGCAGCUUUUCCAGGUAAUGUCAAAGGAAGUGGCCCCUCUGGUCUGGAGUGAAGUAGAAAGCAGUGAAACCCUGCAGAGUAUUCUGGGAGCUCUGGUGCAAGUCAUCAUGGGGAAGACAGCCAACAAGGACACCCGCCUGCUGGCUGGCACCGCUCUGAGCAUGCUAGUGAACACUGCUCUCCAGCCAGCACUAGGAGCCAGGUCUGUGCUGACUCUCUUCCAGCUAUUCAACCAAGGGCCAGGAGAGCUGAGGUUUGGGGAACUGAAGGUAGACACCUGUGCCCCAAGUCCAGACGGAUUGGAGAGGCUGGUGCUUACCAGGGGUCUGCUAACUUGCUGCAAGAACGAAAUCCUGAGCAGCAGGCUGGAGAGCCACCCACACCAGGCUUGUCUCUUGCUGGAUGUGCUAUUUCCAGUUGUGUACGCCCUGAACAAAGAGCAGAAAGAUCAUCGUUACUACUGUUUCCAAGUUUUCUCCCUCUGGCUACAACGCAUCCAAGAAAACCUAACCACGAUCUGGGAAGUGAAGGAGGGACGCAUACUGGCCCAGAACUCUGAACUUCUUCAUCAGCUGACCCAGUUGGUCUGGAAUAACGCAGAAAGCCUGGUGGAAGGGGUGUCGGAGUUUGUGCACAGUUCUUUUCAACUUCUCCUGGAGAUUUACUGUCUGGAGUGCAAGCACUUUGAGGACCCGAAGAGACCCCUCUAUGAACAAUUCCUGCAGAGAAUCAUCCUGAUGCCCUGGCAGGUCAAAGCAAGAUAUUUCCCCCUCUGCGCAGUUCUACCCUACGUGGGCACAGAAAAAGUACUAGAUACCUAUCAGGAUCUUCCCCAGCACCUUCUGAACUGCCUUUCUACUAACCACCUGUGCCCUGCUGCCUCAGAGGUGUACAAGGCUAUUUUGCAACAGCAGCACAAGGAGUGGGCCAAGGGAAAGGAACAGGUUACAGAGGAGGACCUGGCUCAGAAGUGGGCACUGCACUGGCUGCCAACGCUCUCCAGUGCCUUGAGCUCCCCCGUCUCCAUCCUUCAGAGCAAUGCUUCCAGUUACCUUCUUGUCUGGACUUUGCGGCUGUUCCCUUCUUCAUAUCCUUUACUCGCAGAGGCCUUCAGCAGCGGGGACACUGCUCAGCUCCGGGCCUGGGUCACUCUUCUGAACGUUCGAAAAAACAUCACUGGGGUCUUACCAUCUGAUAGCGAGACUGUGAAAAGACUGUCCUGCUGCUUGCACUCUGGAGAGGAGAAUGUUCGCCUGGCAGUGCUGAGCCUCCUGUGCGGCAGCCCCAGGACCAAUCAGGCCUUGUCCGAAAUGGAAAUCCGUCUCCUGAAAGAAUUCUUGCCACUGAACUUGAACUGUGACUCGUCCUCUUUCCGGCAGCUGUUUCAGGCCUCAGUGAAGAAGGCUCUGGUCAGGCUGAGAGACAGCUGUCUCUCUCAGCUGCGUGGCAAGAUGCACAAAGCAGCUAAGAAGUCGGCAGAGACGGAUCCAGAAAGGCCACUUGCCCAAGCAGUGGAUUUUGUGGAAUGGCUGCUGCAGCUCAGCAUUUCAUUUCUGACCCCAGGGUCAAAUUACCAGAGGAAGAAAACUGCCCUGCUCCUCCUGGCAGCUGUGCUGGAGACCUGCACCGAUACCUGGAGCCCUGAGAAAAAGAAGGGGCAGCCUCCUCAAAACAUGACCCUGCUGCUGAACUGGUCCAGGCAGAGGGGCUGCUGGGACUUUUUCUCCCAGAGGAACUUGUUGGCAUUGCUGAGCUGUUUGCAGGACAGCACAAACGAGAUAAGAGAAUUGGCGUCGGACCUGCUCAUCCGCUACUUUCCUCCAGUUUUCCCAGAAUCUAUUGCUGUGGCUCUGUUUGAGUGUGCCCAAGAAGGCUUGAGCAGCCCCAGGGUACAGGAGGCAGAAGCAGGAGCAGUGUUGAUGAAAACCAUUCUGCAGAAGUCAGACAGCAGCAUCCUGAAGAGAUUAUUCCCAGAGGCAAAAUCAGCAUCAACCCUGGAGUGCCAAAGCCUGUGCUUCACUCAACAUCUCCUCUUCCUGCUACAAGCUCAUUAUACCCUGGCUUGUCAAGACCUGUUGCAGGCAGCAAGCACUAAACCAAUGCAUGGACCAAUCGCAGCCCUGCGGAGGUGUCUGCUCGAGGUACCAGAGGUGGCCGUCUCCAUGUUGGAGGGACAGCGCAGGCAGAGCUGGCAGGAGCUCCUUGGCAGUUUGGUGACGACGCUGAGAGACAUCGGUGCCUUCCUUAUUGGGGUGCUACAAGGCAGGCAGGGGCCCAGCGCCAGCCAGCAAGCUGCUGCUCCCUCAUUUGCAGACAUGGGAAAUGCUAUUGGCUCCCUUAUCAUGAUGGGGAAAGGCCAGGAGCAGGAGGGGGAAGAGGACUCAGUUCUGCUGUCAGAGGAGCACAGCCUUAUCCUGACAUGCUGUUGGGUCUCGGUGAAGGAAAUCGGGCUACUUUUGGGAGGCCUUGCUGAGAAGUUUCUGCCUCUGGCACCAUCUGCUGGGCCUGAGUUGCUCCUGACACUUCCCAUCCUGAAGAUGACAGCUAACCUGUUUCAGGAAAUCCUGCUGAAGUGCCGGCAUUGGGGAGCUGUUGAAGGCUGCAGUAUGGGAUUCACCAAGUUCUGUGCUGCGUUGCUGAACCAUCCUGAUGCAGAGCUGCAAGCCAUCCCAGGCACAAUACUAGCACAGGGUUUGGAUUUACUCAGCGGCCCCAGGAGCAGCUCCAUUACUCGCCGAGCAGCUGGCUUCCCCAUGCUUUUUCUAUGCAUCCUUGUUGGGGAGGACUCAACCAGGUCACGGCCUCUGCUAGCUCACUGCAUUCAGACUCUGCUGGUGCUGGCCAACACGCCUCUUCCCCAGAACUGGGAUCAGACCCUGGACCUGCCUCAGGUCUCUGCACUGCAUGUGCUGCAAACCCUGGUGCGCGGCUCUGGCUUGGGAAACGCACUGCUGCAAUAUGUCACACCUAUGAUGAGCCUGUUCCUGAAGGCACUGGGCUCUCCUUGUUGGGCCAUGAGAAAUGCAGCCAUCCAGCUCUUCAGUGCCCUCACCACUCGAAUGCUGGGUCAGAAGCGGAGUCGGGACGAUAGCCGCCCCCAGGAUGGGGUGAGCCCUCAGGCAUUCUUCAGCCACUACCCCCAGCUGAAAGACAUCUUGUUGGGGGAACUGCAGUCUGCUCUGGAGAUGGAAAGAGAGCCCAAGGAAGGGAGGCUUCGCCUCUGCCCCUCUCUCCAUGCCAUCCUCACGCUUCUGGCAAAACUCCAGCCUGGUGCAGAUUCCUUGGACAGCAUCUCUACCUGUUUUCUGGAGCCCCUGCUUCAGCUUGCAGGAAACCCUAUCUAUGCUGUGCGAGCGAUGGCAGCCAAGGCUUUGGUUCCUGUCGUCCCUGCCUCUGAAUAUGGGAAUGUCCUGCUGCGGUUGGCUGGUGACUUAAAUAAGCCAGGAAGCGUCUUAUCUCACAAUGCCCUCCAUGGGCAGCUCCUUCAGAUCCGGGCUGUGCUGGCUCAGGCUUUGGCCAUGAACUGUUUGUCAAGAGAUGCCAGGCUUUCCAUUGCUCAGCAGAUAGAAGGUCACAUCUGGAUGGUCACCCCUGCACAGCGGUGCCCCCUGAUUCGCUCUGCCUACCUCCAAGUCAUCUCCCUUCUAGUGGAAACUUGCACCCAGAGUUUUGUAGAGCAUAUCCAAAGGAUUGUGAGCAGUGAACUGGGCAGCCUCGGGCCUGGGCAGAAAGCAGGAUCUUCUGAUGUCCAGAUCGGCUCUGCUGUGUUCCAUCAAGUUAUCGCCUGCUUCCUCUGCAGCGAGGCAGCAAGACUGGCUGGCGCUGAGAGAGUUGGCGCAGUCUGCUCGCUCCUCCAAGAAGCGGAUGCUGAUGUACAAUUAGCCAUCCUGACCUGGGUGGUUGAAAGGGAAGAAGAAAGGUGCAAAGAGUUGGAAAAGGCUCUCCGGCAAACGUUACUGGACAACUUAUGGUCAGCACUACAAAAUACAAGGAACAGAGAGGUCCUGAAGUCAUAUCUGGAGGCUUUGAUGCAUCUUCACAGCAGUCCUGCAUCUCGGACCCAGGUUGUUUCCCAUAAACUCUUGGGGUCUACAUCAGCAUGUGUUGGUGUCCUGUUGUCUAUGGCGGAAACAGGUUCUUCUGGCCCAGAUCUCAUCUUCCAGGCAUUGAGUGUGGCUAGCUUGCUCUUUGUCCUGGGUUCCAAACCCAAGGAUGAUUCCCUGCUGGAGCGAUGGUGCCUAAUACUUGAGCAAUACAGUAAAUCUGUUUCUUGUGAGGUGCUGAGACUGGGAGCAGCAAGAUCUCUCAAGCUAGCAGGAGCUGAUAUGGUGCAGAAUGCCUUGGAAACCUUUUGCCCAUCUCUUACAUCAGUGGCUGUGCGGCUGAUAGAUGUGGGCAUUUACCUGCUACAGGAUGAGGUUCAGGAAGUAAGGCGGGAAGCUGCAGUCUUUGCCAGCUAUGUCCAGCAGGUCUCAGGAACAUCACCUCGAGAGAGUUUUGUCUUCAUCCAGGGUAACAGAGGGCUCACGUGCCUGCUGCAGCUUCUCCUGGAAAAGUUUGGGGGUCACCAAAAAACCUUUGAUGCUUUGCUGUGCCAUCUCCCCCAAGUAGAUCUCAGCAGCAUUUUGAAAGAGCUGGAGGCCAAGAAAGUCAUCAGUCUGUAUAAGGAGGAUGAACCAAAUGUUUUUGCAGAGCCAGCUGUCUUAUCCCGACUACUGCUCCCCUUCCUCCUCCAACUGCUAGACGGUGUGUCCACAUCCACCCAGCUUUGGGAGUCUGUGUUAUGCUGGCUGAGAGCCACUGGUCCUGGUAUCUUACACAAUUUGCAGCAGUGCAAGGACUGGUGGAGCCAAGAUGCCAUUACACCACUGCACAUGAAGGCACUGGCAUGUGCCAAGGUGCAUACUGCCACCACUGUGCUGCUGGUGAACGCGAGGCUGCUGGCUCGUGCUCUGGAGACUCUGGAACAGACCAAUGCCAGUGCUUCCGAAAUCAGCUGUUCUUCCCAGGAGCUGAGGCAGGAGCUUGUGCUGGUAGAGGGACUCCUGGCUCAGCAGGGAAUGGCUCCUAUUUCCACCUCACUCCAUGGGGCAACAGAUGCCAGGGCUUUCUGAUAGUCCUUUGUGACAGGACAGUGCUGUGCUGUGUCACUGAGAGCCUUAGCGGAAGUGCAGAGUUGUAUAUGAAUGCUGCACCGUGUGUCUGUUCUGAGACACUGCUGGAUCUCUGCUCUGUCCUCUGCUGGUAGCCAGCCAGAAUGGUCGAUUAACUGACAUAACUCAGGUAACCCCAAUUCAACAGGCAGGAAAGGGUAGUGCUUUGAGGGCCUACUAUCUGGAAUAAUUUUACCUUCUCCUUAUCUUAAAUGUAUCCCAGAUCAGACUUCUUUUAUCAGCCCCGUGUUCUUUGAAUCAGACUAGGAGGUGACAGUUUUCAGUUCUUCGUUAGUAGCAACCUUAUAAAGAUCUCCCAACAGGACAAAAUUUUAGUAAGGUGUCAGCCUGAGCCUGUAUUCCUGCUCUUCAUAAAGAGCUCCAAGUGCCUCAUCGGUGCUCCCAAAACCCACACGAAGGCUGCCUUCUGUUUUCAUGAGAAUAAAGCGAGCUACUCCCCAAGGGACAACGGUCAUUUCCAGCUCUCAUCCAUCUACUCAGCUGAACUUACUUUUUUUAAGUUUCUGAACUUACAGUUUUUAACCAGGAAUUUGUCUCCUGUUAUAAGGAGCCACCGUAUGAUGUAAUAAACUAUAGCUGCCAUGGAUUUUAUCAUGCAUAAAGAAUCCCAGUCGGGCUCAGAUUUUGUUCACUA